AUGACUGGGCUGUGGUCAAGUUUCUUCGUAGUACUUGGUUUGGUCACUCUGACGCUGCUCUACAACGAAUAUUUGAUUUAUUACGUUGUAAUUUACGGGAUGUGCUCGUGGCCUGUACUUGCACCGGCACGCCAUCGGCUCACCAAAGUGCUCCUGCUGACCGAUACGCAUUUGCUCGGACCGUACCGUGGACAUUGGUUCGACAAAUUGAGAAGGUUCAGUUCGUUUCAAAUGUAA